UUCCGGCGGCCCGCGCCUACGAGUAGCCGUGGAGGAGUCGACCGCAGGCGGCGGCUGACAGGCGCUCCUCCCCAGACUGCGGCCACUGGAGCCGGGCGAGGUGGGUGGCCCCCAGCUCGCGUCCUCACGUCCCGGACUGCGAGGCUCCAGGGCCGCGCCGGGGCAUGGAAGAAGGGAAGAUGGACGAGAAUGAAUGGAGGUACCACGGAGAAGGGAACAAGAGCCUGGUGGUGGCCCACGCGCAGCGUUGUGUAGUGCUGCGUUUCCUGAAGUUUCCUCCAAAUAGGAAGAAGACCUCAGAAGAGAUAUUUCAGCACCUACAGAACAUAGUGGACUUUGGCAAAAACGUCAUGAAAGAAUUUUUGGGGGAGAACUAUGUUCACUGUGGGGAAGUUGUUCAGCUGCCUUUAGAGUUUGUGAAACAACUGUGUUUAAAGAUACAGUCUGAAAGACCAGAGUCUCGUUGUGACAAGGACCUGGACACUCUCAGUGGUUACGCUAUGUGCCUUCCCAACUUAACCAGACUUCAAACCUACCGCUUUGCAGAGCACCGACCAAUUCUGUGUGUAGAGAUCAAGCCAAAAUGUGGGUUUAUUCCUUUCUCCAGCUAUGUUACCCAUGAGAUGAAGCACAAGGUGUGUCGCUACUGCAUGCACCAGCACCUCAAGGUAGCAACUGGGAAGUGGAAGCAGAUAAGUAAAUACUGUCCCCUUGAUCUCUACUCGGGAAACAAGCAGAGGAUGCACUUUGCCUUGAAGAGCUUGCUGCAGGAGGCACAGAACAACCUGAAGAUAUUUAAGAAUGGUGAGCUGAUUUAUGGCUGUGGCGAUGCCCGGAGCCCUGUGGCUGACUGGAGGGAGCUCGCACAUCACCUGAAGCCUUUCUUCUUCCCUUCCAAUGGCCUGGCCAGUGGGCCCCACUGCACGCGAGCUGUGAUCCGGGAGCUGGUACAUGUCAUCACUCGGGUGCUGCUGAGCAGCUCGGACAAGGGGCGGGUCGGUGCACUGAGGCCUGGGCUCCGGGGCCCGCGUGUCUGUGAGGCCAGCCCUUUCAGCAGGAGCCUGCAGCGCCAAGGAAAAAACACCCCAGAGCGCUCGGGGUUACCGAAGGGCUGUCUUCUGUACAAAACCCUCCAGGUGCAGAUGUUGGACCUUCUGGACAUCGAGGGCCUCUACCCUCUGUACAAUCGGAUUGAGCGGUAUCUGGAGGAGUUUCCUGAGCAGAGAAAAAUGUUACAAAUAGAUGGGCCUUAUGAUGAAGCCUUUUACCAGAAGCUGCUUGAUCUGUCCACUGAGGAUGAUGGGACAGUGGCCUUUGCAUUAACGAAGGUGCAGCAGUACCGAGUCGCCAUGACUGCCAAGGACUGCUCCAUCAUGAUUGCGCUGUCCCCAAGUCUGCAGGACACAAGUUCUGAUCAGAGGCCUGUCAUCCCCUCGUCGAGGUCCAGGCUCGCCUUCUCCGUGUCUGUGCUGGACCUUGACCUCAAGCCCUAUGAGAGCAUUCCUCAUCAGUAUAAAUUGGACAGCAAGAUAGUCAACUAUUACUCAAAGACUGUGCAUGCCAAAGAUGAUGCUGUGGUGCCGACUCGGUUGAAGGAAAGUGAAGACUGCACGUUAGUUCUCCAUAAGGUCUAACUUUUUUCCCUGCAGUGUCUUUGAAACUUGAAUGUGAAAGUUGAAUGAUAGCUAUUUUCUAUUGUGUUGGACGACUUCUGGCUGUGAAUGUUUUUGCUUUUAACCCUGUUGAGGUGAUUGCCUCUUGAAGACAUAAAAUUAAAGAGCACUAGAAACAUCUUCCAGGACAAGGAAUGUAGGAUGUGAGCGGGGUGUCCCAGGAGGCUGCUCAUAUUCUUAAAUCGGAAGUGUCCGUUAAGCCCUGGGAAGACAUCCUGGGUAGUUCUUCCUUCAACCAGGGCUCAUGUCUAAUUCUCUAUGCGAAAAGCCUUAUAAGACCAAGGUUUGGAUCUCUUACCACCAGAUUCCUGACGUAGAAAGCUUGAAUUGUCACAAGCAUUUUAUGGUUUGAACUUUUGGAAAACAGAUACCACUGGAACUUUCCCGGUUGUUACUGGUCACUUUUUCAAUUUGAGCCACAUAUCAACACAGGCUUUGGGUGGUUCCCUGCUGCAGAGAGUGAUCAGAAGUUAGUGUGGACGUCGGUUCUGAGUGGUCUAGACUCAGGGUCCCUGUGGAGGUGCCGAAGCUCAAGGCUCUUAAGGGUCAGCAGGGAGUGUGAGACUCAGGUCAGGAUGGACACCACUCACAAGAGCAUUGACUUUUUGUUUUUGCUUUAUGAUUUUUAACUCUAGGGGGAGAUAAAGUGUUCUUUCCUACCUGAAAUCGCUACUGUGGAAGCUGGGAGCACAGCUGUAACUCACUAGGCUGCCGCGGCUGGCUGGGGUGGGCACGCCCGGUGUCCCAGCGUUCUGGUAGCACUCCGUCGUGUAGGGUGGUCGAGGGACUUCCCAAGCUGCACUCCUCCCCUCGGUUUGCCUGGGGGCUUUUUUGGGUGUGGGCCCCAGAGCCUUGCCAUUCCCGUUGGGCUGCCACGGGCCCUGCUUCUGGAAGAUGGGUGGCUCCUAGCUGGUGGCUCCUAGCUGGUGCAGAGGGUUCUUGUUGGGAUCACCAGAAGUGUGCCCGGCUGCUAUAAAAUUGUUGGGACUCUUGGCCUCCCCUUCCCCAUGGCAGGUUGUACAGACUGAUUAUUUAUAUAAUUUUGAGGGACUAAUGAAGGCUUAUUGUAACAUAAUAUUAGUGAAACCAUGGAAUUGUAUGAAAAUGCUACAUGAAAAAUGAAAAUAUUUUGUUGAUUGUAAAAUUUUUGUGGGAAAUUUUGCGAUAACUUGAGAAUUACACUUGUUUGAAUCAA